AUGUGGUUUCCUCGCCUUCGAACCAGCUUGAGAAGCGGUCCACGGUUGCUUCGCACUUGGCAACGCCGCCUAAGCAGCGGCGGAACGUCUCCGGAAACCGUAGAGCAGUUCUUGGUGAGGCAGCUAGGCUUCCAGCGUGCGCCUGGUGCCAUUCACCGGAACCUGCCGUUCUCCGAGGCGAAAGCACUGGCGUUACAACGACGUGAGGGCGUUGAAGCGAGAGACCCACCGGGUGCACUUUGCGUGGAUACCGGAGAGUUCACGGGCCGGUCGCCGCGUGACCGCUACAUCGAACGUCGCGAGGGCUCGCCCCUAGCGGAACGCAUCGACUGGGGCGAGGUCAACCAGCCAAUAGAGCGAACAAUCGUCGACGAACUUCAGAAACAGGUUGCCAACUAUUUAUCAGCCUUGCCUGAGCUGUUCGUCUUCGACGGGCUCGUAUCCAGCGGACCGAACCGUCUCAAGCUCCGCGUCGUGACCGAACUCGCCUGGCAUCAUGCCUUCGCCAGCAACAUAUUUAUACCGCUAUCGAGUCCGGCGGAGGCAGCGAGCUUCGGCGAGCCGGACUUUACCGUGGUUUACGCUAGCGGCUUGCGCAAUCGACAUUAUCGGGCAAUGGGACUGAACUCGGAUAUAUUUAUUGUGCUCGGUUUCGAGCGUCGCUUGGCGCUUAUCGCUGGCACGAGCUACGCGGGUGAAAUGAAAAAAUCGGUGUUCACCAUCAUGAACGGAAUGCUGCCGCUGAAAGGCAUUUUGCCGUUACACUGCGCAGCGACGCGCUCCCUAUCGGACACGAAUCCGGACACUAUUUGUUUUGCCGGCUUGUCGGGAACCGGAAAAUCAACGUUAUCCGCGGACCCCGAGCGGAAACUCAUCGGGGACGACGAGCACUCCUGGGACGAAACGGCGAUCCGCAACAUGGAGGGUGGUAUAUACGUCAAAGUGAUCCGCCUGUCGCCGGAGAAGGAACCGAUUCUUUACAGUGCAAUUCGAAAGCCGUCCACGAUUCUCGAAAACGUCGUCGUGGAUGGACACGGCGUUGUCCAGUUUGAUGACGCUUCCAAAACCGAGAACACCCGAGCGACCUGCCCAAUCCACAAUAUACCGCAGUGGGAGGCAUCACGCCAGGGUCCACCGCCCAAGGCAUUCAUUUUCCUCGUAUGCGAUGCUUUUGGCGUCUUGCCCCCGGUGUCUGUGUUGACACCACUCCAGGCUGCUUAUCAUUUUAUUCUAGCGUACACUGCCAAGGUUGCUGGAACGGAGCGUGGUGUGCUGAGGCCGACCGCCACUUUCAGCACCUGUUUUGGAGCAGCGUUCAUGCCGUUGAAUGGUCAAGUCUAUGCACAAUUGCUCAAUGAGAAACUGGAGCGUCACGGCACCCAGGUGUACCUGGUGAAUACCGGUUGGGCGGGCGGCGGCGCUGCCGACGGUGCCGCACGCAUGGACCUGGAGGUUUCGCGGGCAAUCGUGCGUGCCAUCGCCACGGAUGCGAUCCCUACGAGUCAGGUGUCCGCGCCAGAUCCGAUUUUCGGAUUGCGGGUGCCGCGUGCGAUUCCCGGGCUCGAUUCGCGCCUUCUGCACCCGGCUACCUACUGGGCAGAUGCGCGCCUCUACGAACAACGCGCGCGCUAUCUCGCGGAACGCAUGCAUGCCGAGUAUCUGCGGAAAGGUUACAAUCCAGAAUGGGCGGCUGGUGGGCCACUUUGGCCCUCCAGAUUGGCGAGUCAUCGGGGAACGCAGGCAAACUAG